AUGGCGCAACCGAAGUUAAGUGAGGACGUGUAUAACGUCAAAAAUGGUGAUAAUGCCGUUUCAAAAGAGACAGUUUACCUUGAAGAAACGUUUUAUAUUCGUUUAAAAAAGAAAACACCAUUUCGCGUGAGAUUAACCUCUAACAGAUUGUCUUUAAUAAAAGACGAUUCAUCGAAAGAACAGACGAUACCCUUGCAGGACAUUAUUGGAAGUAAAUGUAUGAGAAGCAAAAGACGGCGGGUUGGCGCUGGUUCUUGUGUUUGCAGGUCAUUUGUGGGUAAACCACCACUGAAAGUGGUUGAUGAGGAUAGCGGUGACCUUGAUGAAAAUGAUAUAAGUGCAUAUCUUUAUAUUUACGCUUAUAAUUUAAAGCGCAGCCGCCGUUCUCUUAAGCGAGAGCGGACAACAAUAACAUUGCAGUUUCGAUCGUAUGAUAAAUAUGAAGAUAAUAACAGAGAAGCGCAAAGGUGGAGAAAUACAAUUAAAUGUUUGAUAGCAAACGAGCCGAUAACAAAUGUGGUGCCGCAAAACGAUAAGAAACUUUUAAUACUUAUAAAUCCGAAAUCCGGUUCAGGUAAGGCCGUUGAACUAUUUCAAACUAAGGUUGCGACUAUCUUGAACGAAGCUGAGAUACCUUACUACCUUCGUGUGACUGAAAGUGCUCAAUAUGCUCGUGAUUAUAUUCGCACGAGGGAUGUUUAUUGCUGGCGCGGUGUUGUAGCGGUGGGCGGUGAUGGCGUCUUGUUUGAAAUUUUAAAUGGCAUGUUUGAACGACUUGAUUGGCAACAGGCUCUCGCUGAAGUUCCUUUGGCUAUCAUUCCAUGUGGCUCUGGAAAUGGCCUGGCAAGGACCAUAUGUCACCACUAUAAUGAACCGUAUAUAACUCACAACCUCACUGGACUCUCAAUGGCCUUAGUGAGAGGGAAAACAGCAAACAUGGACGUCGUCCGAGUUGAAACUAAGUCUAAAAUAAUGUAUUCCUUUUUAUCUGUCGGCUGGGGUCUGCUUGCGGACAUCGACAUAGAAAGCGAAAAAUUAAGAGUGAUCGGUGGCCAAAGAUUUACCCUUUGGGCAUUAGCUAGAUUGAUCGGAUUGAGGAAGUACAAAGGCGUCAUACACUACGCAAGAAUAAAAGAUGUGAGCAAUCUGCCAAAACCUAAACUACCGCUCACAAUAAGUCACAGUGUAAGCCACGACGGCGAAUUGGAUUCCCCCGACACGGAAGACUUCGUCGAUUGUUACGAGAACACAGAGACAUUGACGAAUGUCGUGAACGGUAAGCGACAUAAGCGGGUCGAUUCGUGGCAUUCGACUAAUUCAAGGCGGAGUACAUUCUACAGCACGAGGGGAUCGGAAUAUCAUAGCGUGACGAGCAGCGGGUCGGAGAUGAGAUCUCCGGUACACGCGUGCAUGCACGGCCCAGCAUCACAUCUACCGUCACUAAUGUCCCAAUUACCAUCCCACUGGGAGCGUGAGGAAGGCGAAUUCGUAAUGGCCUACGUUUCCUAUCAAGCAUACAUCGGGGAAGAUUUAUUAUUCGCCCCGCGUUCCCAGCUGUCCGACGGGGUCAUGUGGCUGCUGAUUAUUAAAGCGGGAAUAACGAGAUCUCAAAUAUUCUCGUUCCUCAUGGGAAUGAGCCACGGCAGCCACUCAGAAAUAAACGGUGAAUAUAUCAAAAUGAUACCAGUUAGUGCAUUCAGAUUAGUACCAGAAGGCCCGAAUGGUUACAUAACUGUUGAUGGAGAACUGGUCGAAUAUGGACCUAUUCAGGCCGAAAUAUUCCCAAAUAUAGUAAAUUUAUUAGUACCUAAUAAUAAUCUUUAG